GCUUCCUGUAUAGAUAUUCUGGGGAAGUAUAGUCGAUAGGAAGAAGGGGCCUUCUCUCUUUUGGGAGAAGGAAUGGGGCUCGAUUAAUUCCAUAUGAUAUAAUCACAAAAUUCUCUCAAUAAUGGAGCAGUUCUUUCGCAACCACCCACUUAGCCGGUAUAGGUUUUGGCAAGACAAUGCUUCUUCCCACCGCUCGUACGAGACAAAGCUAAACUUGCUCCUUCGCCAUAUCCCCACGAUUCAAGCUCCUCGGUACUCACCGGACCUGAAUCUCAUUGAGCAUAUAUGGAAUUGGAUAAAGAAUUGGAUAGAGGAGCACUAUUGGAAAGCUCGCUACCAGCCGGAUAAGAUCCACUUGGAUUAACUUCGCAAGAUUAUACAAGAUGCAUAGGACGUAGUACCAGACGAGUAUAUUCAGGGAUUAUAUGAUAGCUGGUGGAGACGCUG